CCAAGGAUCCAUUACAACAGCUGCUUCCAGCGCAGAGUGAAGGGGACGGAGCAACAACAGCUGCUUCCAGCGCAACAAAUCACAAUCGAGGACAGAACAACCCAAACAUCAUCAAUGAGACAUCAACCCCCAGGUUGAGCAACUGCAACUCUGCAACUUCUUUUUAAAAUUUGCUUUCUCGUUCCUUUCAUAAAGAUCCUCGUCGGUGGCAAAUAGCACAAGUUCCAUUACUCUUGGAAAGUAUCUGGUAACUGAUUGGAUUCAUUCUCCCGGGCAGAUACCUACCUUCACAAUGAGACUUGUUUUGGGACUCCUUUUGGCGGAACAGCUGAGUUGGGAGUGCUCAGCUUGGUCGCCAGGGCUUUCAUUCCCAUGGAGAUCGACGGCAAGGAAACAUGACGUUCCGCAGCGACAAGAAACAAGAAUUCGUCUCCCCAUGGCGUCGGGAGAUUCGGAUGACUCCACUAUGAGUGCCUACGAGAAAGCCAUGGCCGAAAUUGCCGCUGCUGGCAGGCCAAUACAGCCAGAGCCAACAACAUUUUUUACCACCACGGCUACUACAAGUCCUAGCGCAGAAGAAUCAUCGGCAACGAGUGCGUACGAAACAGCGUUGAGAGAGUUGCAACAGGAUGACCAACAAGCCGCUCACGACUACUGGAAUACUGAUAUUACCAAUAAUAAUUUUGACCAUGAUGAAACGACAUUCCUGGAAGACGCAUUCAACGACCCUGGCUAUAUUGAACAAGAAAUGCGGGAUCUGGAGGCAACAGCUUCCUGGACCGGUACCACGAAUACGGCAACUACUACUACUACUACUCAAGAAGAAUAUCAGCCGCCAUCUUAUGGGUGGGUUCCCUAUCAAACGCCAGGAACCAAUUCCGAAGAUGCACUGUUUCCACAAGAAGUUCCACAACAACCAGAAGAGUGGCCUCAGCAAUACGAACCGUUUCCGACGGCGCCAGAAUCCGAUACUACCAGUACUUUAGCAUCACAGACACCACCAGAAACUGCACCUGAGAAAACUGAAGAAGUUCCACAACCAGAGUGGCCUCGGCAAUACGAACCGUUCCCGACGACACCGGAACCUGUAUUCGAUACUACUACUACAGCAUCACAGGCACCACCAGAAACUGAACCUCAGAAAUCUGCACCUCAGAUUUCAGCUGGUUUCUUGGAGGCGCUCUCUCCCAACUCGGAGAGGCAAGGUUUCUUGACGGCAAAACAAGAUGCACCAUCUCCUGCUACUGUGGAAGAAACAGACACCACCAGCAGUGAUACAUGGGUCCCUCCUCUGAUGUUUGUCAGCAAGGAGGACCCGACAGAUACCCAAGACGAAGAAGUUGCAGGAUCCAGCAUACUGUCGCUAGAGCCAGAGCCAAUAUCCCCCGUUGCUGCUUCGGCGGCUGGUGGUGUCUUGCCAACCGCCAAACAGCAACUCCAGCAACCCGAUCUUGUGCUCGAAUCGCCGCCGGAACCGGUUGCCUCGGUAGACCCAUACAACCUUCGACUGGAAGAAGCGGUCAUGCCACCAGUAGAGACAGCCCCGCCACCAACGGCCGAAGUGAUUCCGGCCACUACCGACUGGCAAGAAGAAGCUACUAGUAGUGUCAAAGAGGAGGCCAUCGUGACGCCUCAACCACCCGCGGAAGAAUCAAGCCAUCCCUUCAACUUGAUCACCAAAAACCCAAAGCUCAACAACUUUAUGAAUACAGCCUGGGAUGAGUUCGGGAAGGGCCGUCGGAUCAAGGUGGACCCCGUCAAGGCUGUGGCGGACAUGACCAAGGAUGUCUUGGGAAUCAAGCGACCAGAAACAGAGAAGGCUGUCAACCCUGCUUUUGCCGUCAAACCAGGAGUUACCAAGCGAAUAAUGGAUGCUUUGGAUGCCAAACAACAACAUGGGCAAACAGACAGCAACCAACCUAGGCCAUUGUCUCGUUGGGCAGCAUUUCAAAUUUCGGAAGCACGGUGGGAAGACAUGAAGAAAUCGAGAAAGUUCAAGUAUGAUUUGAAGCUUUACCAGCACAUUCAAGAUGGUGCCGUGCCUCCUCGUCAAUUCGUCAGUGAGGACUGCGCCAGAGGAAAUGCAAAAGGAUGCGCCAAGCUUCGGGAUAUUUGUGAGAGUGCUGACGAAUGCCACUCUUUGGAUGAAGAAGGACCACCGUUGGAUGAUAACGGCCUGCCCAUUAUGGACUUCGAUGUGGUCGUUCUUGGAGGCACGCUGGGAAUCUUUUAUGCCAGGGCGUUGCAGCUCAAAGGGCUCAAGGUUUGUGUUGCCGCCCCUCGUGCGCUCCAGGGCCAAGAACAGGAAUGGAAUGUUGGCUUGAGAGAUCUAAAAGAACUGACCAGUCUGGGAGUCUUGACACCUGAAGAUAUCGAUGCUGCUGUCACCACAGUAUUUGAUGGUACUAGAGCUGGUUUCAAGAAUCGUGAGGUGACACCAUUGAGAGGUGGCUUCUACGAAAACGGAGGAACGGGUUUUGAGUGCUACCUGAAGGGAGUUUUGAAUCUCGGUCUAUCGCCUGCGAUUCUCAUUGAUCGUGUAGCCAAGCGGUUUUAUGAAAUGGGUGGCGUGAUCCGGGAGCGAUGCCCACUAAACGGAGUGGCAGUGUCUGCGCAAGUUGGUUGUGCUAUUGAUCUGGGUAGCUACGACAAAGAUGAGGAUGUGGAGCCCAUCACGGCAAAGAUGGUCCUUGACUGCAUGGGAUAUGGAUCACCGGUUGCUCGGCAACAGCGGUAUGGUGUGAAACCAGACUCUAUCUGCAUGGUAUUCGGAUCCUGCGCCGAAGGAUACAACCCCGAUAGAAAUCGUUUUGCAGAUGCAAUGUACACGUUCAAUCAACUUCAAGACUUUGGAAACCAUGGCCGCCAUCAGUACUUCUGGGAAUCUUUUCCAGUUGGCACCAACUUGACUAUGCCUUUCACGUCUGACAAGUCAUUAUUCGACAUGCUGACAUUUGGAAACUCUGGAGUCAACGAAAAGGAUGGCACGCAGAAAAAGAGCAGCACCAAAACAACCUACAUGUUUACAUAUUUGGACGCUCACAAACGCAGACCCGCCUUGGAGGAACUGAUGGACGACUAUUGGAAGUUGCUCCCAACUUAUCAGCGUUCCAUCAACGACCCCGAAACGGACCUUAACAUCGAGAGGGUUCUCUACGACUAUUUCCCAGCGUACCGAGACUCGCCCAUGAAGCCUCAUUUCAACCGCGUUCUGUCGGUUGGCGAGGCGUCUGGAUCGCAAGGUCCCAUUAGCUUUGGAGGCUUUCGCUCGCUUAGCCGGAAUCUUGGACGUAUCAGCGGGGCGGUGGCGGAAGCUGUGGAGAUGGGAUGCCUGCACAAGGAUGACCUGGGUGAUAUCAACUGCUAUCAGCCAAAUCUGUCGGCCGGAUGGUUGAUGCGAGAUGUCAUGUCUGUGAAAAUGGGCAAGAACGUCAGACCGGACUUCACGAACAGAGUGCUCUCCGUCUAUCUAAAGGCGAUGAACGACCUUGGACCUAGCACGAUUACGCCUCUGAUGCACGAUGUCUUGCGCUUCGAUGCCUUGAGCAAGUCCAUUGUGUUGGGCAUAUUUGCUGACCCUUCCCUGAUGGGAGAGAUGGUGAAGCAUGUAGGCGUUUCUAAAAUGAUGGACUUUCUUGGACAUUUAAGCAACAUGGGAUGGUACAGCCUUCUGGACACCUCCAUGUCACCCAUAAUGGAGCUGAUGCUGAAGCAAAUCAAGGAUCCCCGAACCAAAUUCCAAUGGCGGCGCCGCAUGGAAGCGUGGAAGUAUGGCAGCGGAAAUGAUUACCAAUCCUAGACAUUUGCAUCCAUUUGAAGUAUUCUGCAUAUACGAAACGUACGAGUCUGGCGGAAAGCUGCGCAAUUCACCAUCUGAGCCAGCCAGUUUAUGAAGUUCACUGCAAGUUAAUUCUGCGAGGAAGCUCGCACUCGUUUACAUAGUGUAACAAAGAACCAAGAUUAACCCAACAUGAAUCCACC